AUGACCACAAAAUCAAAAGUUCUGGUCGAUUUGAAAAUCGCAUUAGUACAACUAAACUCUCAAGUGAAUCAAGUUACUCAAAAUAUAAAUAGAACAUGGUCACUUCUAAAUAAAUUUAAGGAAAAAACUCACAAAACCCCAGAUAUAAUAGUAUUUCCUGAAUUUGCAUUAACAGGUUACAACUUCCAUUCAAGAGAUCAUAUCUUCCCCUUUUGCUCCUUAACAAAAGAAAGUGAAUCCUUCAAAUUAGCAAAACAAGUCUCUAAAUUAUUCAAUUGUUAUACUGUCAUAGGAUACCCUGAAAGGACAUCCACAAAUAACAUUGAUGACGGUGAACCAUUAUACAACUCGGCAUUAGUUACAUCCCCUCAGGGGAACCUCAUCUUCAACUAUAGAAAAUCAUUCUUAUAUCAAACAGAUCAUGAUUGGCAUUGCCAUGAAAAUCCAAUGGGUUUCCAAACGUUCCCGUUAACUUUCAAACAACCAAAUGGGAAACCUGAUAUAACAAUAAAUACAUCCAUUGGAAUAUGUAUGGAUUUAAGUCCCUAUGAAUUCGAAGCUCCAUUCAUUGAUUUCGAAUUCGCUUCUUAUAAUCUUGACAUGGGGACUGAAUUGAUCAUUUGUCCCAUGGCUUGGUUACAUUCCUCUUCUAUAACUGAUAAAUCAUUAUCAAUCAUUGAAAAGAACGAAAAGAAGUUGGAAAUAUUACAAAAUUUAAGAAAAUUGGAUUUACCACCUUAUGGAUCUCAAAAUGAUUUUCAAUUCGAUUUGGAAAAGCAUACGCAGAAGUUUAAAUCAUUAGAGUCAGAUGAUUAUAGUCGAAUGGAUGAACCGGAUUUAUCAAACGUCGACUAUUGGAUACGUAGAUUCUUACCAUUUUUAGAUUUGGAUCAUAGAACACAUUGGUUUCAAACUGAUUUGAUUGAAAAAGUAUUGAAUGGUAAGGAUGAGGAGUUUUUACAACAUUGUCCCACUAAGAAAUCAUUCAUGGGUGCAAGAACAGAUAUACCAUGGGCAUUUAAGGGGAAGAAUAUGAUUAUGGUCAAUGCUAAUAGAUGUGGUGUGGAAGAUGGUACCACUGUCUUUGCUGGAAGUUCGGGGAUAUAUAAAUUUAAUGGUAAAAUGGAACCGGGUGAAUUGAAAGAUAACUCUAAAAAUCAUAGUGUGGAAUUAUUAGGGAACCUUGGUAAGGGAUUGGAAGGGAUAAUAAUGCGUGAAGUACUGUUUCAAGUGGAGAGAUGA